GUCACCAACGAAUCUGUACAAAGUUUUGUGUUACAUAUUUUUCUAUUUCGAUUAUUAUUUUCAAAAUAACAAUCUUUUUGAUGCUUUAUAUUUCUGUAUUUUAAGAAGUUUCCUUGUCAAAAAUGGGAUCUUCUCAUAGUAUUGAAAUACCAGGAGGUGGCACAGAAGGUUACCAUGUAUUGAGGGUACAAGAAGGUUCUCCUGGUCAGAAAGCUGGUCUAGAAGCAUUCUUUGACUUUAUUGUAGCUAUUGGAAAUACUCGCUUGGAUCAAGAUAAUGAUACAUUAAAAGAGCUUCUUAAAAAUGGUGUAGAUAAAAAAUUAACACUUACAGUAUACAGCAGUAAAACACAAUCUGUAAGACAAACUGUUAUAGUACCUAGUCUUACAUGGGGUGGACAAGGCCUUCUUGGUGUUAGUGUAAGAUUUUGUUCUUUUGAAGGUUCUAAUGAAAAUGUUUGGCAUGUUCUUGAAGUAUAUCCAUCUUCUCCUGCUGAAUUAGCAGGUUUACGUCCUUUCACAGAUUAUAUUAUUGGUGCUGAUUCAGUUUUACAUGAGUCUGAGGAUUUAUUUACUCUGAUAGAAGCACAUGAAUCUCGAUUUUUAAAAUUAUAUGUAUAUAAUACAGAAGAUGAUUCUUGUAGAGAAGUUACAAUUACACCCAAUCAUUCUUGGGGUGGAGAAGGAAGUUUGGGUUGUGGAAUUGGAUAUGGAUAUCUACAUAGAAUACCUAUUAGGAAUAUUCAAGAACACAAAUCGAAUAAUUUAUAUAUGAGUAAUGUUAAAUCUACUAUUUCAAAUCAAGUCACAUCAAACACUACUCAUACAGAAGGAAGUAAUGUAGUUACUAACAUACCACCAGGUUUUUCCAUACCACCAAACUAUAUUUCAUCACAAGAAAACAUUAUAAAAUCCGAAUUUGAAACUUCUAAUGUGAUGCAAAGUACUUAUGCACCAAACGUUCAAACAUGUAAUGUUUCUCAAUUAAAUCCUGCUACUAUUGGAGGAUCUACUACUACUAAUUCUAUAUCUCAUGUUAUAUCUAAUCAAGGAAUUAUAAAUGCAACAUAUAAUAAUGAUUCCACAUUAAAUCAAAAUAAAAUGCCAAAUAUACCUGGUAUGCCAACAACUCCACCUUUAUCAACUUUUACUACUAAUACGACAGUCUUAAAUGAAACAACAGGCGUUGUUGGAACGUCGAAAAAUUUUACAACCGUACAAAGUAAUGUAUCACCAUCAAUACAAUUCAAUGUGCCUCAAUCUCAUGUUGUAACGACGCCCAUAUCGUUACCCGGAAUGCCACCUAUUACCGUUAGUGCAAGCUUACCUCAAAACACAUCUUUUUAUUCGUCUGUUCUUCAACAAAAUGAAUUAACUGAAGUUAGUACUGUUCCCACAUCUAUACCAUCAACAACGCAGUAACGAUCAUAUUAUUUCUAAUGAAAAUAUCUGUUUUAUAACAAAGUACAUAUUGAAGAAUAAAGGUAAUAAAGAGCGUAA